AUGAAGUCCACCAUCAUCAUCGGCCUAACGGCUUCAGCCCAGGCUCACACAAUCUUCCAGAAACUCUCCAUCAACGGGAUCGACCAAGGCCAACUCACCGCCCUCCGCGCCCCCUCCUCCGACUACCCCGUCUACGACGUCACCGACCCCCACCUCGCCUGCGGUCUCCAACCUGGCAGCCACUCCCCCACCGUCCUCCCGAUCCGCGCAGGCGACACCAUCGGUGCCGGCUGGGGCCACGUCCUCGGCGGCGCGCAAAUUCCCAACGAUCCUGACAACCCGAUCUCCCCCUCCCACAAGGGCCCCAUCUCGACGUACAUGGCUCGCGUGGAGGAUGCGGCGACGGCGGAUAGUAAUGAUCCCGGGCUGAGGUGGUUUAAGAUUGCGGAGGAUGGGCUGGAUACCGCGACGGGGACGUGGGGGGUGGAUCGGAUGAUUGCGCAGGGGGGGUGGGCGUAUGCGAGGGUGCCGGAGUGUUUGGAGGCGGGGGAGUAUUUGGUUAGGCAGGAGUUGUUGGCGCUACAUUCGGCGUAUGAUAGGAUGGGGGCGCAGUUUUAUCAGUCGUGUGCGCAGGUUAAUGUCACCAGCAGUGGGUCUUAUUUGCCGUCUGGGGAGGAGACGGUGUCGAUUCCGGGGGCGUAUGGACAGGAGGAUCCGGGGGUGUUGAUUCAGAUUUGGGUGAAUGGAGUUCCGGAUAAUGGGCGGAAGACGUAUGUGGUGCCGGGGCCGAGGCCGAUUAGUUGUUAG